AUGGUGUGCCGUGUAUUCCUCGGCAUAACUGAAGCUAUGUUCUCGCCCGGCAUCGCCUUAUACCUCUCCUACUUCUACCCGCGGGAGCAAGUGGGCUUUCGAGUGGGAGUUUUCCUAUCCGGUUCCGCGCUGGCGAAUGCAUACGGAGGUGCUCUCGCCUAUGCCAUCUCCCAUAUAAGAGGGUCUAUUAGGUCGUGGCGCAUUUUGCUCAUUGUCGAGGGGAUUCCCUCCUGCCUUCUCUCAGUCGUUGUGUGGUAUUUCAUGCCUGACACUCCAAGUACGGCGAGGUUUCUGAAUGAGCGUGAGAAGAAAAUUGCUGUUGAUAUUUCCCUACGGCAGCCGGGGGAUAGAGAAACGAAGGGUUUGCAGUUGAAACAGGUUCUCUGGGCCCUUAAGGAUUAUCGAACCUAUAUUCCCGCACUCAUGUACGCUGGCUGCAAUGUCAGUUUCGCUUCCCUCCCCUUGUUCAUCCCAACAAUCAUCAACGAGUUAGGCGUGUUCAGCACAAUCCAAUCAAACGGCCUCAGCGCACCCCCUUACAUCCUAUGCUUCAUAACCAUCAUAACAGUCUGCUACUUUUCCGACCGCCUUAGUCUACGCGGGCCCUUCGCCGCCGCCAGCAGUUUCAUAGCAGCAAUGGGCUUUCUCUGCCUUGCCAUCUCCUCAUCUGUCGCAGUCCGCUACUUUAGCCUGUUCCUAGCUGUGCAGAUUUUCGUCUCUGUGGCAAUGAUAUAUACCUGGGUGGGUAACUCGCAGGAGACUGAUUCGAAGAGAGCGGGUGCAUUGGCUGUUUUGGCGACGGCAGGACAAUGCGGACCUGUGUUGGGGACUAAUAUUUUUCCGGCGAGCGACGGGCCCUUUUAUAGGAAGGGAAUGUGGAUAUCUUUUGGGAUGUGUUUGAUGGUGACGGUUGUGUCCUUGCUAAAUAUGUGGGUGCUGUGGCGGGAAAAUCUGAGACGGGAUAAGAUGUUGGAAGUUGUGGAGGGUGGGAAGGCAGAUACCCCGAAUGGAGAUAAAGAUAGGACGGACGUUGAGGAUGCUGCAAGGAGACAUCAGUCGUUUAGGUAUAUGUUGUAA